ACCGAAGGAAGGUUAAUUUAGCCUUAUAACCAAACACUACGAAAGUGCCAAAAGGCCAAAACCCUAGCAUAUAUUGGUUAUCGACUGUCGCUUCUUCUCCUGCCACGCCAGCUCCAGCGAGAGGUGAUCACCGAUUCACCAUGUCGAAGCGAGGAAGGGGUGGAUCGGCGGGGAACAAGUUCAGGAUGUCGCUGGGUUUGCCUGUGGCGGCGACGGUGAACUGUGCCGACAACACUGGAGCGAAGAAUCUCUACAUAAUAUCCGUGAAGGGGAUAAAGGGUCGCCUCAACCGUCUCCCUUCUGCCUGUGUUGGUGACAUGGUUAUGGCCACUGUCAAGAAGGGCAAGCCUGAUCUCCGUAAGAAGGUUAUGCCCGCCGUCAUUGUCCGUCAACGCAAGCCUUGGCGCCGAAAGGAUGGCGUCUUCAUGUACUUUGAAGAUAAUGCUGGUGUCAUUGUGAAUCCUAAAGGAGAAAUGAAAGGUUCUGCGAUCACUGGUCCCAUUGGAAAGGAAUGUGCUGAUCUUUGGCCUAGAAUUGCAAGUGCUGCCAAUGCAAUUGUUUGAGGCUCCAUUUUGAGUGCUUUGUGCGCUUAGUUUUGUAGGUAACAGUGGAUGGAAGUUUUGAUAGCAACGGCGGAUGUUAUAUUGAUCCACUGUAUUAUACACUUUCUAAUGGGUUUUAUGUUCGCAGACAAGUCAAUUGUUGCAUGUUCUUGUCUUUGCAGACUAGUAUUUCCAUGCAAAUUUUUCUGUGGCAUAAUGGAAUCACCCUUGAAAUUAUCAUUUUUUCUUAUGCAUCUGAAUUUUAUUUUCCUAAGGAAUGUAAGUGUCUGUUCUCAUAAAUAUAAUUUUUAUUUUCUUAA